AUGCUCCGCGGCGCCCGGCCGGGCGGCAGGCGGCUCGGCGACCGUCGGCGAGGCCGGGGCAGCGCGGCCGCGAGGCACCUUUUGAAAAUGAACAAGAGCAGCUCUGACUUGGAGAAAGGGAGCCAGGGCUCCGCGGAGAGCCUCAGCCCGUCCUUCAGGAGCGUCCACGUCAGCUUCACCACGGGCUCCACGGACAGCCUGGCCUCGGACUCCAGGGCCGGCAGUGAUGGAGGCCCGUCGUCUGAGCCGCCUCACUCGCCCACCAGCAGCGGGAAGAAGCUCUUUGCUCCCGUCCCGUUCCCUUCGGGCUCCACGGAGGACGUGUCCCGCAGCAGCCCCCUGCAGCCACCGCCCCUGCCCCAGAAGAAGCUAGUGAGCCGGGCGGCCUCCUCGCCAGACGGCUUCUUCUGGACCCAGGGCUCCCCCAAGCCCAGAGCGGCCAGCCCCAAGCUGAACCUCAGCCACUCGGAGAUCAACGUCCGCACACACGAGGAGCCCCCCUUCGGCUUCUCCUCCAGCCACGGCAGCCGCCACCAUCACGCCUUCUCCUCGGAGCCCCUGGAGAGAGCGUUCAAGGGCAACGGCCACUGGGUCCCGGCUCCGGGGCUGGCGGGCGGCCGAAGCGGCAGCGGGAGCCCCAACCUGCAGGGCCGGGGGGUGCCCUUGGCCUCCUCCUCCUCCCAGCUGAGCGUGGCCAGCCAGGCCUCCACCGGCAGCAACCAGCUGCAGCUGCACAGCCUGCUGAGCAGCAUCAGCAGCAGGGAGGGCACCCACACCAAGCUGGUGGGGCUCUACGCCCAGUCCCUGGUCCGCCUCGUGGCCAAGUGCGAGGACCUGUUCAUGGGCCGCCAGAAGAAGGAGAUGCACUUCAACGAGAACAACUGGUCGCUCUUCAAGCUGACCUGCAACAAGCCCUGCUGCGACUCGGGGGACGCCAUCUACUACUGCGCCACCUGCUCCAAGGACCCCGGCAGCACCUACGCCGUGAAGAUCUGCAAAAGCCCCGAGCCCAAAGGGGCCUCCUACUGCAGCCCUGCGGUGCCCGUGCACUUCAACAUCCAGCAGGACUGCGGCCACUUCGUGGCCUCGGUGCCCUCCAGCAUGCUCGCCCCGCCGGACAUGCCCAAGGACGUGCCCAAGGACCCCACGCCCGCCCCGCCCGCUCAGCCCCCCGCCCAGGAGCAGGACUGCGUGGUGGUCAUCACCCGCGAGGUGCCCCACCAGACCGCCUCGGACUUCGUGCGGGACUCGGCCGGCACCCACCAGGCCGAGCCCGAGGCCUACGAGCGCCGCGUGUGCUUCCUGCUGCUGCAGCUCUGCAACGGGCUGGAGCACCUCAAGGAGCACAGGGUCAUCCACCGGGACCUCUGCCUGGAGAACCUGCUGCUGGUGCACUGCACCCCCCAGGCCUCCCCCAGCCCCCCUGCCUCCUUUUCCUCCUCCGCUGCCACCACCACCGCCACCAGCACCCCUCCCUCCACCACAGGCACUGCCCCUGCUGCUAGUCCCGCCCCUGGCCCCUCCACCACCCUCCCCGCCAGGGUCACCCCCAGCCCCCCACCUCCCCCCACCUGCCCGGGGGCGCCCAGGGAGGAGCACCUGCCCCGGCUCAUCAUCAGCAACUUCCUGAAGGCCAAGCAGAAGCCCGGCAGCACCGCCAACCUGCAGCAGAAGAAGAGCCAGGCCCGACUGGCCCCCGAGAUCGUGUCCGCCUCCCAGUACAGCAAGUUCGACGAGUUCCAGACGGGCAUCCUCAUCUACGAGCUGCUGCACCAGCCCAACCCGUUCGAGGUGCGGGCCCAGCUGUGGGAGCAGGACUACCGGCGGGAGGACCUGCCGCCGCUGCCCGCCCUGUCCCUCUACUCGCCCGGCCUGCAGCGGCUCGCCCACCUGCUGCUGGAGGCCGACCCCAUCAAGCGCAUCCGCAUCGGGGAGGCCAAGCGGGUGCUGCAGUGCCUGCUGUGGGGGCCGCGGCGGGAGCUGGUGGAGCAGGGGGGCCCGGGGGCCUCGGAGGAGGCGCUGAGCAGCACGCUGCACAACUGGAUCGACAUGAAGCGCGCCCUGAUGAUGAUGAAGUUCGCGGAGAAGGCCGUGGACCGCAGGCGCGGGGUGGAGCUGGAGGACUGGCUCUGCUGCCAGUACCUGGCGGCCGCCGAGCCCGGCGCCCUCCUGCAGUCGCUCAGGCUCCUGCAGCUGCUGUGA